GCGAGGAAGGCAUCAUGCCGGAGUGGCCACUGCUCCGAGCGCUGCGAGGCGGUCGUGGGACUCGCUCGUUUUCGCUCACCGCGCGUCGGCUACACUACCUGCCCUGGGGCUUAGCCAAAAUGAAAUCGCUGGAAGGCCUGAACUUGAGGGACAACAGGUUGUGUCGGCUGCCCCCGGCUAUGGAGGCACUGAGUCGGUUGAAGAUACUAAAUUUGGGAAACAAUAUUUUUGAAGAAGUUCCUGAGCAGCUGAUAUGUCUCAGAUCCCUACAGAAGCUUCAUUUGUUUGGAAAUAAGAUUACCAGAAUAUCACCCUCAAUAUUUGGUGGGCUGCAGAAUUUGGUACUUCUCAAUCUGAACAACAACAAACUUUGCUGUCUUCCUCCAGAGAUACACAGGCUCGAAAACCUUGAAUGUUUGAGUUUAAACAAUAACCAACUGCAGCGUAUCCCCAGAGAGUUGUGCUGUCUCCAAAAGCUGCGUGAGCUCCAUUUGUCCCACAAUUCUCUCAUGGCACUUCCUGAAGAGAUUGGACACCUGACAAAACUCAAGAUCUUGAGCUUGUCAAGAAAUCAAAUAGAAGAGCUCCCUGAAGGACUUUGCAAAAUGGUGGGCCUUCGAGUUUUAGAUCUAGCAGGAAACAACAUUCAGAUUUUCCCAGCAGGAGUGGAGGAACUUGAGCUGGUGGAACUUUACUGUGAAGGCAAUCCAUUGCUUCAGAAGCAUCCAGUUAGUGCCAUCCAGGAAGAGGACAUUUUGACUCUUAAGGAAAUAACAGCAAGGUUUAUUAUUGCUCAACUGAAAAGCAGCCUUUCUUUACAAAGAGCAGUCAAGCAGAACACAGAAGCGCAGAAUAUGCUUUCCCAGCAACGAGAAUGUGCUCAGUGUGGAUGUGGUUUCCUGAACAUGUGGCUAGAAUGUGUACAGUUUGUAGAUGUGAAACAGCGAAUGAAGACCAGUAGAAACUUGCACCUCUUACCUGUCAAGAUGCUGCUAUGCUCAUACAAAUGCUUUAACCUCCAUGAUGAUGAACUCUUUGGAAUUGCUGUGCCUUAGAACAGGCAGUGAAUGCAUGCAGGGCCUCGACCAUUUAUAACCAUUGUGACAUUUUUAAGAAACUGAACUGAAGCCUGCAUCAAUAUUUAAUUUAAAAUACACAAUGAUGUUGGAAUAACAGUUGCAGAGAAGUGAUCUAGUUGUGGGCAGAAAUUGUUCCCUACAGCUGUGCAGGGCAGGCGGUGUGUUUUGGCAGACUUGAGUCUGCUUCUCAAAAUGGAUGACUCAAACUAAUGACAUUGUUUAACAAUGAGGUAAAGUUUUAUAACGUAAACUCUAAGUAACCUGUGUUAUGUGGUUGCUUUGGCUUCCCUUCUGUCCAGCUUAGUGUGAAAUUCUGAUAAAGUGCUCCCGCUCCCAAAACCUAGGGUCAGGCCUUAAAAUGGCAAAAGAAUACUUUAACAUGUGUCUAGUGAUUACGUAGUCCUUGAUUUCCAUUAUAAAUCCUGUUUUCUAGAAGUUUAUAACUUGGCUUUAGCAAUUGGCUUACAGAAUUUUCAACUCGGGAGAAAAUGUGUUGGAGUGUUUUAUGAAAGAAAUAAAAGUGACAUAUUUUAAGAAA